CGCUUUAGUCAAGACAUGAUUCCCAAAGAUUUACUACCACCGCUCCGUCCGCGCCUUGAAGCACGUCACCCUCCAAUCUCGUGGCUCGGAGCAUAAAUGGUAUUUGAAAUUAACAAAAAAAUAAAACACCCUCCCAUCUUUAUAAUCGCCCCAACACGAAAAAAACAUGUCUGACAUUCUUGGGUAUCUUUACGGUCUUGUAGUCUUUACUGGAGGCGCUAUUGGUUAUCUUAAAGCUGGCAGCACAGCGUCAAUUUUAGCCGGUGCUAUUUUUGGAUUUUUAGCAGCAUAUGGAGCAUACCUCGAUAAUAAGAUUUUGGCGUUUUUGACUAGUUGGAUUCUUUUAGCCGUGAUGGGACCUCGAUUUUACCGAGGACGCAAGUUUAUGCCUGCAGGUCUUGUUACUUUACUCAGUGUCUUUAUGAUGAUCCGUUAUGCAACCACACUCAUAUAA